AUGGAUUCUGCCGCCCUGGAUCCACGCCUGCGCAAUCCUCCCGAUUCCUCAUCAAUAUCUGUCUCCGUCGCCCCAGCUGCUGCCGCUUCAUCUUCAUCCGCCUCUUCCCCAUCACCGUCCAACUCAACCUCAGGUCCAAAUGGCACCCCAACAGCCAACCGGCCUAGCUCUGGAAGCGGGACUCGGAACGCCAACGGCCCCGGCCCCGCCGGACCUCUACAUACCGCUACCUCUGCUCACACCCCAGGCAGUGUGUCGUCGUCCCCUGAACUGCAACGCAUGAGCGAUGGCGUCCCUUUUCAAUCUGCAUAUCCACAUCCAAAUGCAAAUGCACACACACAAGCACAUGCACAAGCACAUGCACAUGCACAUCCGGUCACUGCUUCAUCCUCCACAGGCGCCUUCUCUGAUGAACCCCCUGGUGAUCAAGACAACUCAGGAGCCGAUCCCAAGAAGGCCAGGGCCUGUGAGGCAUGUCGAGGCCUCAAGGUCCGCUGCGAGCCGGCCCCAGAUGACCCUGAGGGUGCCUGCAAGAGAUGCGCCAAGGCUGGACGCAACUGCAUCAUAACCCAGCCCACUAGGAAGCGCCAGAAGAAGACGGACAGCAGGGUGGCCGAGCUGGAGAAGAAAAUCGAUGCCUUGACUGCGACUCUGAGUGCUACCAAGGCUGGACAGGCCGGCCAGGUCGGCAAUCCCCUCUUCACUCAUCCCGGAGCCACCACCGGCUUUUAUGGCUCACCUGGAAUUGAUCCUUCUAGGAGCUGGAGUGCUGUCGAUGCCGGCACGUCUAGCCGUGAAGCCAAUAUGGCACGCGCGCAGGAUCCGUCUCUUGUUACUGAGGGUAUAGCCAGGUCAUCUGCGUCUCCGUUGCCCUCGGCCGGUCAGAAGCGGAAGUACACCGAGCCAACAGAAAUCCGCAGCAACCCUUCAAUGCCUUCGAGGAGCCAGGGUUUCUCUGAUCUUAUCGAUCGUGGCAUUAUCACUAUGAGUAAGGCGGCUCAGCUGUUGGAUCGUUACAAUUAUGAGAUGACGCCCCACCUGCCUGGGGUCGUUCUCCCACCCAGCCUAACCGCUGGCGAGCUCAGGGAAACAAAACCUAUCCUGUUCCUUGCCAUCAUGGCUGCUGCGUCUUCUGAGACACCUGAAAUACAGCGAAUCGCUGUCAAAGAGCUCAUGCAGACUUUCGCUGAAAGGAUCGUCAUCAUCGGCGAAAAGAGUCUCGAGCUGGUCCAAGCUUUGACCGUGGCAGUUAUGUGGUAUUGGCCACCAGAAGACCUUGAAGACAUAAAGUUCUACCAGCUUGUGCAUAUGGCCAUGAUCAUGGCCCUCGAUUUGGGACUCGGGAAACGCAAACCCAGGGGCAGUAAGCCAUCCCUGUGGGGUUCACCUACCAAGAGGCAUCCUCAACCAGAUCCAACCACCAUUGAAGCCAGACGAACCUGGCUUUUGUGCUACUAUCUGACCGUCAACACGGCAAUGGCUCUGCACCGGCCAUUCCUGCUUAGAUGGACGACUUUCAUGGCGGAGUGCAUGGAUAUCCUCGAAUCUUCACCCGAAGCUGCGCCUACGGACAAGUACUUCUGUCAUCUUGUGUGGACGCAUCAACUGGUUGAGGAGAUUGGGUUCCAGUUUUGCAUGGACGACCCUUCUGUCUCGGUCAGCCUAUCAGAUCACAUGACACAACAUAGGAUCAGGAGCUUUGAGCGGGAGCUCGAUAAACAUAAGACACAAGUUCCAGCGGAGCUUAUGCAGCCGUCACUCAAGCUCGGGUUUGAUACCUUGAGCUUGUACAUGCACGAGCUUGCGCUCCAGACGGAUCCGGCUGAUGCGUUCAAGGCACCCUUUCCCUCCGAUAGCCUCGUCAGUAAUGCACCACUGACUCCAGCCUACACCAGUGCCUUGGCAGCUUGUCUAACCGCUAUUGAUGGGAUAUUUGACACAUUCUUGGUCAUGGAUCCAGUCAGCAUACGGUGUAUGCCGGUAUUUAAUUUUGUCCGAAUAUCUUAUGCCACGGUGAUCCUCAUCAAGAUAUACUUGGCGUCUUCUGAUCCCUCCUCGGACCUAGGAAAAGUCAUUGACAAGGACAGCCUGAAGGUUGAGCAGCGUCUUUCGCAUCUAAUUGAGAAGUACCGCGCCGUUGCUGCCAAUGGCAAGUACCGUCCGGCUUCCAAUUUUCUUACCAUUAUAGUCAUGAUCCGGUCUUGGUUCCUCAAGUUCAGCCAAGGCGACUUGAAGCGUGAUGCAGCCAAAGCCGACAUUGCGACCAGAGCAACAGCGCCAAGUCAAGCAGAAAACUCUACUCAAGCUAGGAGCAACCCCUUACAGCUUCUGUCCGAAGCGGCCACCAACAAUCAAGCUGCUGGAGGUAAUUCUCAGACGCAAUCUGCUACCAACGUCCUCGCGCCGAGUAACAACGGCAACACGGAUGUCAACACGGCAUGGGCCAACUCCUCGCAUGGGGCGAGCUCGAACCAGAAGCCUGAUGGCGGUAGAAACAGCAGCAUGCCGCCGCCUCCACAGCCUCAGACUCCAGUACACGCUCACCAGCAUGGCUUUAUGGGUGGCUCACCUGCGCCGUGGCUUAGUUUUGGGUCCGACUUUGACUACAUAAGCCUGGGCGAUGGCUUCGCGCAGGCGUGGGACAUGACAAUGGAGGGGCUCGGCGACGGGCAAGGCGGCUUGCAGGACUUCAAUAACGGCUUCGCGCUCUUGCCUCUUGAGCCGCUGUCUGGCCCGACUGGUGGUAAUGUGCCUGGUUCUGAUGUGUUCCCAUCAUAA